AGAGGCGGCGAGCGAGCGAAGCGGAGCGGAGGGAAGCGGGGCUUUAGCGGGGAUUUUGCUUCCUUCGGGUAGAGGAGCGGCCCCGGCUGAGGGCAGAACGCUCCCGACGCUGCGCACAGCCUCGCCUCUCACCCGGAGAGCGGCGGCCGCCCGAGCCCCGCGCCGCCGAGCCCCCAUGGCCCUCAUUAUGGAGCCCGUCAGUAAGUGGUCGCCGAGCCAGGUCGUCGACUGGAUGAAAGGCCUUGAUGAUUGCUUGCAGCAAUACAUUAAGAAUUUUGAGAGAGAGAAGAUCAGUGGUGACCAGCUACUACGUAUUACUCAUCAAGAACUGGAAGAUCUUGGAGUCACACGAAUUGGCCAUCAGGAACUUAUCUUGGAAGCAGUAGACUUGCUCUGUGCACUGAACUAUGGUUUGGAAACAGAAAAUCUGAAAACUCUUUCACACAAACUGAAUGCAUCUGCCAAAAAUCUGCAGAACUUCAUCACUGGGAGGAGGAGGAGUGGUCACUACGAUGGAAGGACCAGCCGCAAAUUACCAAAUGAUUUUCUGACGUCCGUAGUGGAUCUCAUUGGAGCUGCUAAAAGUCUCCUGGCUUGGUUGGACAGAUCACCUUUUGCUGCUGUGACAGAUUACUCAGUGACAAGAAAUAAUGUAAUACAACUCUGUCUGGAGCUGACAACAAUUGUACAACAGGAUUGCACAGUAUAUGAAACAGAGAAUAAAAUUCUUCACGUGUGUAAAACUCUCUCUGGCGUCUGUGACCACAUCAUCUCGCUCUCUUCUGAUCCCCUGGUUUCCCAGUCCGCCCAUCUUGAAGUGAUCCAGCUUACAAACAUCAAGCCAAGUGAAGGGCUGGGUAUGUACAUUAAGUCAACAUAUGAUGGUCUCCAUGUAAUUACUGGAACAACAGAAAAUUCACCUGCAGAUCGGUGCAAGAAAAUCCAUGCUGGAGAUGAAGUGAUUCAAGUUAACCACCAAACUGUGGUGGGGUGGCAGUUGAAAAAUUUGGUGAAUGCACUACGAGAGGAUCCGAGUGGUGUUAUCUUAACUUUGAAAAAGCGACCUCAGAGCAUGCUUACCUCAGCACCAGCUUUACUGAAAAAUAUGAGAUGGAAGCCCCUUGCUCUGCAGCCUCUUAUUCCCAGAAGUCCUACGAGCAGUGUUGCUACACCAUCCAGCACUAUCAGCACACCUACAAAAAGAGACAGCUCUGCACUCCAGGAUCUUUAUAUACCACCUCCUCCAACAGAACCCUACGUUCCCAGGGAUGAAAAAGGAAAUCUCCCAUGCGAUGAUGUUGGCAGACAUACAGUGGGCAAACCAGUUCAUACAGGAUCCGAAUCUCCAAACUCAUUUCUUGACCAGGAGUAUCGAAAGCGUUUUAAUGUGGUUGAGGAAGAUGCAGUUUUAUACUGCUAUGAGUAUGACAAGGGAAGAACGAGUGGUCCUGGAAGGAGAGAGAGUACACCAACAUAUGGGAAACUAAGGCCUAUUUCUAUGCCAGUAGAAUAUAACUGGGUGGGGGAUUAUGAAGAUCCCAGUAAAAUAAAACGAGAUAGUAGGAGAGAAAAUUCAUUGCUACGCUAUAUGAGCAAUGAGAAAAUAGGCCAAGAAGACUACAUGUUUCAAAGGAAUAGCAAAAAGGAUACUGGGAAAAAAUCGAAAAAGAAAGGAGACAAGGGUAAUAGUCCUAGUCAUUACUCAUUGUUGCCUAGUUUACAAAUGGAUUCAUUGAGACAAGAUGUCAUUGGCACACCCGGACCAGAGACCACUUUGUACCAUACAUUUCAGCAAUCUUCUCUACAGCAGAAAAGUAAAAAGAAGAACAAAGCUCCUAUUCCUGGUAAAAGCAAAAGACGGAUCUCCUGUAAAGAUCUUGGUCGAGGAGACUGUGAAGGCUGGCUUUGGAAAAAGAAAGAUGCUAAGAGUUAUUUCUCUCAGAAAUGGAAAAAAUAUUGGUUUGUCCUGAAAGACACAUCUCUUUACUGGUAUAUCAAUGAAGAGGAUGAAAAAGCGGAAGGAUUUAUCAGUCUACCUGAAUUUAAAAUAGACAGAGCCAGUGAAUGCCGAAAGAAAUACGCAUUCAAAGCCUGCCAUCCUAAGAUCAAAAGUUUUUAUUUUGCUGCUGAACAUCUAGAUGAUAUGAACAGAUGGCUAAACAGAAUUAACAUGCUUGCUGCUGGCUAUGCAGAAAGGGAGAGGAUCAAACAAGAGCAAGAUUACUGGAGUGAGAGUGAUAAGGAGGAGGCUGACACUCCAUCGACACCCAAACAAGACAGCCCACCACCCCCAUAUGAUACGUACCCACGGCCUCCUUCGAUGAGUUGCACCAGUCCCUACGUGGAGCCAAAGCACAGCCGCCUCUCCUCCACAGAGACCUCCCAGUCGCAGUCAUCACACGAGGAGUUCCGCCCAGAGGCGGCGGGGAGUGUCACCGACUCGCCAGUGCGCAAGACAGCGAGCCAGCGGCGCUCAUGGCAGGACCUCAUCGAGACACCACUGACGAGCUCAGGACUUCACUACUUGCAGACACUGCCACUGGAGGACUCGGUGUUCUCUGAGACGGCCGUGGUGUCCCCUGAGCACCGGCGGCAGUCCACCUUGCCCACCCAGAAGUGCCACCUGCAAGACCACUACGGCCCCUUCCCACUCGUGGAAGGGGAGCGGAUGCAAGUGCUGAAUGGGAAUGGAGGCAAGCCCCGGAGCUUCACGCUGCCACGAGACAGUGGCUUCAACCACUGCUGCCAGAGCCUUUCGGUGGGAGCCACCGAUCACCACGAGGAAGUGCAGCAAAAGGAGGUGGAAGAGGAAGAGGAGGAGGAGGAGGAGGAGGAAGUCAAAGCAGCGGAAGAAAACCAGGAAGAUAAAACCACCUUGUUUCAUGAAAAGAGGAGUUCCUUUUGUCCAAAUCUACCUUCCUACAGGAAACCAAACUUCCUGAGUUUGUAGAGCUGAAGUUAUAGGAACGGCAACUGUGAGACACCUGGAUCUCCUGAAGCUGCAGAAGCAACAUCUAUGAGGCUGCAGGAUCCACUUUCUCUUAGUGCCCUUUUCCAAGCAAAUCCAAGACUGUUACUUUAAACGCUGCGCCUGUUAGUGUUAUAAAAUAGGCUAAAAUGUGAAAAGCAUUUCCUUUUGCAGUCCGCUGAGCCUCCUUUCUUCACAACUCCAUCAGUCCUGCAAUGUGCUAGCUUGGGCUUUUGUUUCUCAAGGGUUUGGUUUGGGUUGGCUUGGGUCUAUUUUUCUUUCGUGUUUAUUUGUUUGCUUGUUUGUUUUCGUUUCAGUUGUAUAAUCAAAUGUUCCCUAUUUAAAAUCAUAAGUUAUGUAAAAUUGUCUCUUGACUGCUAUUCUUAGGACAUAGUUAUAUAAACUAUUUUCCUCUCCCUUGUUCUUCCUCCUCUCCCUCUUGACACACAAAAUUCCCAGGAAAGCUAGGAAGUUCAGAGAGCCUGAACUUCCUUUGAGCUCUGCAGAAUUGCUCACAGCGUACCUCUUUGGAAACCCAUUUUCCAAUUGCUACCAUGGACGGACUAAAUGGCACCAAUGUUUUUAUCUGGAAUUCUUUCCACCUGGUGCCUUCUGUCACUGAGACAACAUCGUUUUUUGCUCUCCUAGACCUUUACAGACAUCCUCAAGUGUAAAAAUGACAAAGCUUGGUAUUUUCCUUCCUUCUUCAUCAGCCUUUUGAAAAAGUAAAUUCCUUAACAAGGGAUAAACAAGUCUCAACAAUUAAAUUGGAUGUAAUUUUUUACAUCUUUUUACUUGGCCUAGUUGAACUCUUUCCCAAAGUGAGGCUUGGUUUUUGUUUCUUUUAACAACAAAAUAUCCCACAGCUUUUCCUAUCUGGGAUCUGAAAACAGAGAUUUUGAGAAUCAUGGAAAGUUUCAUACUUUAUUACAAAUAAGUAUAAUUCACAGCAAAAUAGGGUAUGUGCUGAAACCAGGUGGGCUUUUGAAACUGCCCUAUGUGCACAAAUAGACAAAAAACUCUUCAGUAAACAACUUAGCGACAUGCUGUUUAUUCCACCUCUCUCUUUCUCUUUUCUUUGCUAACAUGAGUCCGCAAAGAUUCGUGAGUUCUCAAGUCCUAGCUUUUGGAUGUCAGCAUGGUUUGAAAGUCAUGUGAUUUCCUACUCAAUCUUACCCUUCAUCCAUAGUGUCACAGUACUAGAUUGCCAGCUAAAAUAACAAAAAGAAACAGAUUGCCUUGUGCCACCUCUUUUUCUAGUUCAUACAUAAGCUGCUGGCAGGGUAUCCUUCCGUGCUCAUAGCAUGUUUGGUGGAUUUGGGGCACAUUCUUUGCUUUCUUUCUCCUCAUUCAUGUGACCCUUUUCCAGUGUUUCCAAAUGAGUUCAUGUCUUUUAAGUACAGAGGAAACCAACCCUUGUUGGUUAGGAUGUGUAUUGUUCUCUUGCUUAAUUUUCUUUUAAUUAGUCUUUGUUCUGUUUUGUUUGGUUGGUUUGUGGGUUUUUUUGUUGUUGUUUUUUUCUCCAAACGUAUCUACAAAAAGCAAACAUGUAACUUUCCGCCCUAAAUACCUCUUUUGAUGGAGCAAGAUGUCAUACUGAAACAGCGCCAUGUAUCUGUCCUCACAAGCACACCUGCAUGCACAUUAGAAAAGCUCUGUAGCGCUGCAACUGUAUGCCAGAUUUGCUAUUUGCUCUUGUUUGCAUGAUAGUAAUUCUAAUAUACUAAUAUGAUAUGGAAGUAAUGGCACAUCACCGUUCUCUCAACAUAUUGUAUCACUGCUUUAUCAUAUUAGGCUAAUACACUGCGAGAGUUGAUAGCACCUCUCCAUGUCAAAUCGGAUCCACUUCUCUUGGCACUGAACCGAUUGGACUCAAAGGUUGAUAAACUUAUCAUUAGCGAAUUGGCACGGCGGAGACUCAACUUCAGCCUCUUGCAAGACACCUAAUGGCCUCCGUUCAGAAAGUCAAUUCUUCUUGAAUAACAUUGGUGUUUAUAAAAGAGACUAGACCUGUUAAAGCGUAGACAACCACAUGCCUGGAUAUGAGGCCUCCAGGAAGGUGUCAAGGGCAUGGCCACUCUUUUGAAGAAUGCACCCUUUCCACAAUGGGACUAGGCACAAGGUCAGAUCCAGUCUACACGGAGCACAUUUGCAGAAAAUACUGCCCCGCAUGGGAGAACGGAAGGGGAAGAGGGUCUUGACAGGGGAAGGGCUUUGAUGUCACUCAGUUUUGUUCUGCAGACCUCGAGGAAUUAAAGAGGGAUUCGGCUGUGGUAACGCUAAAAUCCUGUUGCUUUUACUGAACUGCAGUGAAUCCAUUCAGGCCAACCAGACAGAUUGUGCCAUUUAAGCGUCCUUCACUAACGUGAAGGAUGCUACCUUACUGUAUCAUGCUAAACUAAGUGUAUUCUGUCAAGUGAAGGUGUGCACAGACCUUUCAGAGACUUCUAUUUCUCUAACGAUUUGUAACGCAUUACCAGAGGGUACACUGACACUGGUUUGGAUGAUGACGGAGAAGAUACCUCACGCUGAGAUUUCUUAUGCUCUGCAGAUAAACUCUUCAGUUCCUCUUUAUCUUCUAGGAGUUAAACAUGUGAGUGAUGCUGCCUGGAGAAGCAGGCACAAAGUAUUCUCUGUAUAACACCCCGACUCCAGAGGGCUGUUUGGGGGCCAGUAUUCGUCUGGAUGUCACUCAAAGUAGAUGCAGAUAUUGUAUUUAUCAUUAUGUUCUGAAUCCCCUAUGGGUUGAUGUUUGCCUCUAUCUCUGUGGUUAGAAUGUGGAUUUUCCUUAAUAUAUUUGGCUAAGGGUGUAUUGUAAUAAUGUUAAUGCUAAUUACUUGAUAUUUCAUACUAUCUUACGGGGAGAUACUUUUAAAAAUGUAUUUUGAAAUGUUUUCUUUCUGUUUGCUCAAUGUAUGGUAUUGCAUUAUGUUAAUACCAAUAAAAUUAUAUAUAUAUAUAGUUAUAUAUAUUUCCCUUUUAUAAAGAAGUAAAUUAUGCUUUUUUGCCUCACAAAUGAAAUGUGCAGUGAAUAAAAUAUAUCAUUCUGCCUUACAGCAGGUGACAAAGCUUAUAAUAGUUUUAAUAUUCUUUUUUGAAAAAUAAAAAGUAUAGUAUGACAUGAACUAGUUGGAAACUCAUCAAAAUGCAUGUUGUGUUUCUGCUUAAUGGGACUGUCACAAAUCAGCCUAAGUAUUUAUUAAUGUUGUUUUGGCAUCUUUAAUUUUUUCCAAUCAAAAAACAUACACUGUAUUGCUAUUAUUGAUUACAAAAUUGUACUUUCAUGAUUUUGUGCCUGUUGGCCAAAUAGACAAGCCCACUGAGUUUUUACGACUCUCUUGUCUGUAGGAAUUGAUUUUUAAAUUUAAUUCAGUGCUUUUUCCAAUGCUUGGCAAAGGCAGAAUUUAUUUUUUAUAUAAGGUUGCCUUUGAAGUACCUGCCUCUGCCAGGGCUGAUAAAUCACGGCUAAGCACAUAAAGGUUCUGCACCUGAAGGAUGUAAUGUAUCAUUAAAACUCUGCUGGAAUGGCCUGAAACCUGAGCCAGUCCUUCACGUUCUGUCAUUAAACUCCAUAAUUAGUUAGAGAUGAAAUGUUUUGGAAAUGAAUUAGAGAAGCAGAAGCAAAGAUGUGAAUCUAAAGUAUCCUUUGGCUGCCAUUCUGGGUUAUGCUGAUGGCUUGUUUGCAGCCUGUAGCCACAGGCAAGCAUAUAUCUGCACUAACAUGAAUUAGAUCGUCUUCAGCUUCCUCUUUCUUUUCCCCGUCCUUUCUAACAUAUUGUAUUGAGUAUCAUUGUUUUGCAGAGGCAUUCAAGAGGGCUGUAAUUAGCAGUCCCUGGCAUUUAAUUGCAUACCCAUUUGUUAAAUAUUUUUCUGUAUGCCUUAAAAUAAAGUAUAGAAAAUGGCAGUAAUGUUUCUUUAAUGAAGGCAUUUGAUUUAUUCAUGAAGUCAGGAUUUUUGAAAGUGUUAUUUUGGGCUUAAUAAAGGAAAUAAGCCAGUAACUUCUCAGCUUUGCCAUUGUCUGUAAGGGCUGAUGGUCACUUCCUUCUUUUUCAUUUCUUUUGUGCGCAAACGCGUUCUUCCUAAUGGAUGGGGAACAGGCUUUUCUUCUGUGAUGGCUGUCAUGCCCGUUUUGAGAGAAAGUUUAUGUUAAGGUGCCUGUACGUUCACGAGUUCAUUGGGCAUUAUAACACAUGAUGACAUGAGUGAUGACUGGAAGAGCCACAUGGCAUUGCAUUUCUCUUGCCAUUACUGAACAUACAGCACUUGUUCUCAAAGGUACCGGGCAGGGACUGAACUCCUUUCAGUGCUUACAAACCGUGGCGGUGUGAUGGGCAUUCAGCAGCUGGUGGGGGUGCUUAAGAUCUGGCAGUGUCGUGCCCUAAAUAAAUGUGUAAAUCAGGGUGCAGAUUCAUUAGUCUGGGACCUAAUCAGUGCAGCUAUCGCAACGUUUGCAAUUAAUUAUAAAUCCCAUAAUAAAUCUGAAUAUCUGAAUAAAUAAGACAUCUUCUGGGAUAACAUCUUCCAAAGUAUUUCGGGCCCCCUUCACAAGUGCCUCAGGAGCUGCUUCCCCAGCCGGCUGCCGUGCAAUGCGGAGGUAGCCGAGCUGGCAGUUAGAAGACACUAGUUACUGCCCACACUGAUUUACCACAUUUCUUUCAUGUUGAAAUUGGGAUUUAUACUCCUGGGUGAUGCGGAUGCUUUUGAAAAUUUCACUCAGUGUUAGAUUUUCAUCCAAAUAAGCAAACCUGGGAUGCAGCCUGAAGUAGAGUUCAUUUUCUCAGUGGAUAUUGCUCACCAGGAACACUGCCCCUUCCGUUCAGGCUGGCUUUCGGGUACCAAGGCCAUCAGCCGUGACAGGUAUUGCCACUGAGCAAGCAUGACUGUCGCUUGAUUUUGAGCGGUGAGUAAUGUUGCCGGGUCCAUAUCGCUUGUCACUUAACCUUUCAGAACUUCAUAUGCUGUAACAGCUUAGGUUUGUGAAAAAAAUAUUUUCCUGAAGGAGUAGUUGCUUCCAUAUAUUGCUUGCGGGAUAGAUCCAUAGGGACAGCCUCCUCCUGUUUAAAAGUCACAGCAUCCCCAGAAGUAUAGCAGUUUAUCCACUCUGCUUCAGAUCUGGCUUACCUCGUAAAUACAAGAAGUUUUUCAUUGUUUCUGAACUGAGGGGACUAAGGGGAAGAAUACCACCAAAAUGCAAUUGCAUUGUUUAUUUCGCCUCAAUAUUGGUAGCUUGUGAUAAAGUUGAACAGUGCUUAUUGAAUCUGUGGCAAAGAAAAAUGUCAAGAUACCCUCUUUCAUUGUGUUAAAAUUCUCCCAGUCAGUAAAAUCUGUUCAGUGGAUGACGGUUAAACUGAUUUCUUCGUAGGCAACUUAAUGAGCAGAGCGCUGUGACAAAUACCAAAGGAUGCAAUUACAACACUGCUGCCACAAAGUUCUGCCACUGAUCAGAGUUCUCUGUUACACUGAGUUAUUUCAGCCUCAUUCUUAUGCCCUCUCUGAAAUCACAGCCUACCAAUAUAACCUCAUGAAACAGCAGGGCAGAGAGCACACGAGGAGUUUCUCCUGUUGCUCAUUCGAGAUGUGUAAGAGCUGUCAAGAGGCUGCACGAACAGAGUGAGUUAAUUAUUCCCUCUGUCUGUGUUUUCCCUUCCCACUAACAUGUUGGCCCAUUUGCCAGCACCUGUACUUCAUUGCUAAGUGGAUGCUGAAAGUGCCUGCAGGUUGGUGUCAGCACGACAGUGCAGGUCUGCAGGGAGGAACCUUGUGGCUCAUGGUACUUUUUAAAUGUUUCAGUUUUUUUCAAGCUGAGUUUGGCAUCAGCCAUUUUUAAUAACCAAUUCUAUUUGCACAGAGAACUGAAGAGCAGUGUCUGGCGUGGGCUUGCAGCAAGGCCAGCCCAAGUGUUGUGCUUCAGCCCACAGAAUGCCGUCUGUGGCCAGCGGUGGCUCAUGAGGGCAAGGCUAUGCCAAGGAACAGGCAGCCUUUCAUUCAUUCACCAGAGAGGUGACCUAAGGGAAGAAGAGAGAUUCACGGGGAUCUACAGAUCCAAAAAGAACAGUGCCAUAAAUGUUUCACAAAAAGAACUAGACCUUCGAUGCUGCAGCAAUUGGUCAAGUAUCUCUCAGGCCUUACAAAAGCUAGUGUCAGAUCCUUUAAAAGUGAUAGCAGUGUCUGACUGCUACUGAUUAAGCUUGGCUGUGUGGAAAUGGCCUGAAAUACCUUCUAAAAUCUGUCCUUUGGGAGGUGGGCUUUCCACUUGCCUGCACUGUUCACUUUAUUGCAGGAAACCAGCGUGUGCUCGUGGAGGUGAUAGGCAAACUCACUGCUCCAAUGGGGAACACCAGCAUAAAGCAGAGCUGGCUUGGGCUGGUGCCCUCAGCCAUGGAGCUCUCCAGGAACCUCUUUGCCUGCAGGUUUACUUAAUGGGAGAGGACAGAAGCCAUGUACAGCUAGCUGGUAACCAAAAAGUACUGCCUCUUUCGAGGAAAAGAUGGCAUAAAAUGUAAAUUUAAUACUAGUUUUCUGAUCCUCCACUUCACUGAACACAAGUCUCAAAGCUUGAUUUUAAGCGCUGCUUCUCCCUUUCUUGAACAAAGGUUUUGGGGAAAAUCUUGUGCUUUCAGGUACAUAGGUCAGUAUUUUAAUGGAGGACUGCAUAAAUCAGAAAAGGGCAGGCAAGGGGAAGGAGUAAUAGAGAGAAAGGCUGCAAAGGCCAGGUGCUGCACAUAAAGCCCAUAGCUUUUCUUAAGCAUUUCUUCAGCUUGCUUACUCUUUUCUUCACUCAUAGAGAGCCCUCAUUAAUAGAUUUACACACAUAGAUUUAUAUAUAUACACCUCUAUCUAUAUAUUCACUCACAUGCCCUUUCAGGUCUUGAUUUUGCCACAGUGUGGAGUUAGAGAAGACACAGGUUUGUCUGUGCUCUAGCAGGGAAAUCAGCUCCUCGUGACUCAGAGCAGAUGACUAGCAGCUGGCCUCCAUGCAGACCUGACUUGCAUCUCCUGCUGCCUCCUGCCACCUGCUCUGUGACAUGCACAAACACUGUGAUGUGGCUGCUGAUGCUCUCCUAGCAGGAGCUUAUCUCCCUUGUCACUGUGCUCCCCACAGUCAUGAUCAGGCCAAACUUGGUACACCACAUGCAGUCUCCUUGUAAAACUCCAUCUGCCAGUGGUUUCACCAUUGUCUUUCUUUGAUGAUGUAGAGAGGGGGAAAGCAAAUACCUGGCUUUGUCUGCCUGCCAUCUACCCAAAGAGCAUAAUAAAUGACUGUAAUUCCUGUUUCUUUGCACCAUAAGCAUUUGGAUAUGUCUCCCUCUUGUGCAGUUUGGAAUCUAGUGAUUAACCUGAGCAGUAGCAAAGAUUCAUUUUGGCCAGGUACUGGGAAACCAGAAACAACUUCUCUGGAGGCUCUCUUGUCCCCCCUCCAAUAGAGCUAACACUCACACACAUUCUUUCUAUCCUUUUGCUUUCUUGCCUUAAAUGCAGGCGCAUCCCUUCUAACUUCCCUGAAAAAUGAACAAACAAACACAAAAAACAGGAACUUGUGCUUCAGCUUGAGAUAGUAACAGGGCCUGGGACCACAUCCCAGAGACCAGGAAUAAUCUUAUAGUUUUGUUGGAUUGCUUACUGGCAGCCCCAGAAUGUCUCAGAAGGCUUCAAGCAGGUGUGAGAGGUGAAGUGAAAAGGUGUAACAUUAAAACUAGAAGCAAAUCCUGUUAGAUUUUUAGGAGGAAAUUAGCACAUGGUUUAUGAUGUGAUUAAUGCUGUCUUCUAACAAACUUACCUCCUUAAGAUCCUGGGGGAGCCAAGCUGAGCUGCUACCCAUGCCAGAGCCAGCGAGUUCACCAAAAGGAAUGAAAAUGGGAGCAUGGGUUUCAGUGGAGCUGGGGGAUUUCAGCCUGUUUGCACAUUGUUUGCUCACUGUCACAGACUUUGCAGCAGCUUUGCUUUCUCAGGAUUUGCAGAGGGCGGUAAUUUUGUUCAAAUGCAGAGCUAAUUGCAAGUAGAAUGGUGGGUGGGCGUGCGUGCACAGAGUUGCACAGGGAAAAGCAUGUCACUAAGCUGUGAAAGCAGCAAACAGCAAAGAGAAUAGCAAAAAAAAAAAAAAAAAAAAAAAAAAAAACCCCAAAAAUGGACAAAGCUGUUAGAGUAGGAACUGUGUCCCUCAGUUGGGAUGCGGAGCCUGAAGAUGAUGGGAGGAGUCUGGAUGGAGUUGGGAAGCACAGGCAAAGAACAGAGAGGCCUGCAAAGGAGAGCUACAGCCCUUGAAGAAUCUGCCUUUGACAGCACAGCAGGUGACAAAGCUUGUGAUGAAUUGUGUUGUAGGAUCCUUGCCUGGGCAGCUGUGUGCACUCGUAGCCCCAGCUGCAAUCAAUGGUUCUGAUGGUACCUCACUGAAAGGGAGGUCCACAAGCUUUCAGUGGCUUGAGAUUUUACAGGGAAAGCAAGGCACAAAAGUGCUGGAACCUCCACUGAAAAUGUCAAGGUUACUCCAUAUAAAGCAGAUUUGUUAGAAAUAUAAGCCCAGAGAUUACCUGUGUCCAGAUGCAUUAAGCCAGAUGGGUUGCAGCAGGGACUUUCUACACGUCCCUAAUUCAGGAUCAUCUUCCUGAAUCAUUAGCCCACGCAGAACCAUCACCUUUUGGUCCUCGUAAAUACCUGCAUUGAUGGUUUCUCUGAUCACUUUUCAUUCAGGUGCCCGAUGUUCCUAUUUAUUGCUCUUACUGGGUUUUUUUAGAGGGAAGUAAUGGAAAGAUGAACAGUCUAGUGGAGCAAAGAGGUGGUUACACAGAUAUCCUCAUAGCUUUCAGGGCAGAGUCAUUCUAAAAACAAAGAGCAAGGCACUAAAAAUCCUAUUAGUCUUUCCUGAAUGCCACUAACCCAAACCAUUCCUGACCUCGUUAGAGUUUCACCCACUCAGCCACAAUCUGUAGUUUCCUCCCGAAGGAAAUGUAAAAGCAGGUAAAAAUAUUCACGGCAUUUUAAGAAGUGAAGACAAUGUAUAGGUUUUGAAACUAUUCCAUAGUGAAAAGCAGUUAAAAAAAAAUAACAACACAGCAUUUACUAGAGUGUAAUAGUCCAAUUAAUAGACUAGAGCUGUUUUUCAGCUCCUGAAUUUAAUGCAAAAGGUUUUGCUUUCCACUGAAGACAGAGCAUAAGUUUUGUUAUUUCAGAACAUAGUACCUGUGUAUUAUUGUAGUUGGAAGAUGUGGUUCUGAAUUUCGAUCCUGUGUGCUGCAGAGUUUAUGCAACUUCUUUUCUGCCUCAAGGUUACAGACUUGUUCAAGGCUUAGGUCAAGCAGGGUGCAAAAGUAUCGUUUCAGAAAGAGACUCUCCUUUCUAGCAGUGCGUGGAACAACCAUGUCCCUUUGUAUUCAGAGAAGCGAGGUGGUUGGAGAGAUAUAGCCUAUGGCUCAGCAGCCAUGUCAGGGUGAAUAACCACCUGCUGCACUGGCUGCUCUUCUGAGAUCAUCUGCAGAUCACAGCAGGUCAUGUUUCCUGCUUAAAGGUGGCAUUCUCUGAGGCCUUAUUUCCCCUUAUGAGGAAAGCCCUGCUGUAGUAGCAUAUCACUUGCAUAAAUAUACACCAAAUUGAGGAAAAAAAAAUAAAUGGAAAAAGAAAAAACAUCAUUUUAAAUCUCAGCUGUAUGUCUAAUCAAGUAUUUCAAUUCCUUUCUGGCAUGAAGGGUUUCACCAACACCCACAGGAAAUCAAUCAAAGCCUUUAGCAGAAGGGUGAGGGAGGGGAGAUUUGUCUCUAAUCUCAUUCCCGCCUACUGAGGGCCUACUCCAGCCACUGAGAGCAGCAGCAUCGUCACUUUCAGUGUUCCUCUGGAAAAAUUAAGUACUUGGCAUGUGUUAUUGUGACGCCCACUGCCAUCACCCCAGCCGUGGGUGGACUGAGGCAGUCUCUUGCCCUGCUUCAGCUUCCCAAGCAUCAGCAGCAGAGAGGCACUUAAAGGGACCUGUUCUCUGUCUAACCUGCUCUUGCCUUCACAGCAAAUCCCAUUCGUUCUUUUCCACACUGCCUGUAACUACAGCAUGGUGGUGACAGAACCUGGGAGAAGGCAGCCCCAGAGGGUGGAGGAGAAGCAUGGAUGUGUUUUGGAGACCCUUCAGUCAGUGCUAUGAGAAGGCAGCAAGGCUGCUGCUUAAUCCUGCCCACAUCAUGUCCCUGUAGUUCCCUGCAGUGUGCUCCCAUGAGAUCUCAGAGCUGGUCCCCUUGCCCAUUCACAGCCCUUCUGCUUAGCAGCAGACGUCAGGCCUGAGGAGAGGCAUCCCAAGGAGCACCAGGCAGGGCAGGCCUCCAGGCUAGUGGGUGGCACAGGGAAGGAGGCCAUCCCAGCCCCUGCAGGCUGACAUUUACACCUACAGAAGCCGUGCUACUUCCCAGGUUCAUUGAAGGUGCUUGUCACCCAGAUGCAACCUUGGGUUUGAACCCAAACUUUGUCCUUGUCUGUGGUGGGGACCUUUCAUGUUUUAGAUAGCCAGGGGUUUUCAGUGGCAAGUCUGGACACGGUGGCCAGUUGCUGGUCCAGACUCCAGAUAAACCUAGCAAAUCAAAUUAAAAUGACAUGGAAACAAAGCACUGGCUCGCUCCUUCAGCAGGCUUUCCCUGUACUAAUCUCCAGAGGAUACAACAUGGUUAUGCUGCUGGGGAAGAGACAAGAUCUCUUUUUCUUUUCGUAAAAAAUGAUAAGAGAAAGAAAGAAGCAGACAUAAAACAUUCCCUUGUCAAAUCUAGAUGUCUUUUUUUUUUUUUUUUUUAAUUUUAGAAAAUCCCUCCCUUUCUGACUCUACCAGCUUCAGACUGGUAGACUACAGAGUUCAGAGACAACGGACAGAAAUAUCCCAAACAUCAAUUCGCUCAUUGCUACAGGAAAUUUUUAAGAAAGCAUAAAAAUGAAAACUGUGGAGAAUUUCAUCCGAUCUGUCAAAUGCUUUACCUAUUAACACAUCUGAUGUGUUAAUAAGAAAGAUAUCAACCAGACAGAGCUGCAUCCCAUUUCUGUUUUUCUUUACGUUCUUCUUGGCCAUGCAGUGAUAAACUCCAAUAUAUAUAUCAACUGAGGGAACCCAACACCUUUGUCGGUAAAAGGCCUCUAACCCUUCUUCAUGUCUAUACAUCUUUAAAAAAAAAUAAAAAAAUAAAAAAUAAAAGCUUUAAAAGCAUCCCCCCACCCCCCAAAAAAAGGGCAAAUGAAUAAAAAGAUGGGGGACAUAUCAAGAUUAAUUGCUGGCUACAAAAUUAUUUGGCUGUGUAAAGAUCUAUAUGACUACAAAUACUUUUUUUGAUGGGCUGUGGAGAUCUUGGUUUCUAGAGUUCUUGCUUGAGCCUGAGAGGUGAGUAGUUGCUGUGCUGCAUGCUAUGGGCUUGAAAGGGAGGUUGUCUCAAGUCACUGCUGGUAAGCAUGUAUGUGUCUGCAGCAGUGGACGGCUGUUGUGUAUAUGGGAUGUUGGUGAGUGGCAGCAGGGACAGAGCUGGCUGCUCCCCCAGGGCUGCCAUGGCUUCCAAUGGUCAUCACUCUGCUCAUCACGGCACUUCACUGGCACUUGGCAAGUUUCUACACAGUCAUUAGUGUCUUUGGGAGGAAGUGGUGUAUGAGAAAUUGAAAUGUUUUGAUGCUUUGCAGAUUAAGUAUUUCAAAUGCUUAGAGUAACAUUUCAUCCCCAACUUUUAUUUGAAUUUGUUUCUAAAGAAGAAAAAUCUUUUUUUUUUUUUUAAUUAUUUUUUUCCUUUAAAAUGCUCUCAACACUUGUCACAACAAGCAUUAAGAAACCUAUAAUGCAACUUGCUGCACUGCUGGGCAGCAUGCUCAGAUAUCCAGUCUGUAAUCUUCUGUUAAAACCUCCAGGUAGUAUCACGAGUAACAGCAUUGUUGACUAUUGAAAAACACUCUUAAUAUCAAAAGCACAUGCCAAAAAAGGACUUUUAUGGGAAGGAAAAUGACAUCUGAUCCCAACAACAGUGUCAUCAGCAUCAUCGGAAGGCACCACCAACAUCAUGAUCUCAGGCCAAGAUCAGGUCCCUGAUCACCUUCUUCACUAGGACACUUCCAGUGCCUCCUUUUCUUGUUACUAUUAAAUUACCAGUAUAUUUAAAUGCAAUAUUAGACUAUGGGAUUUUUGACAGUACGGCACUGCAAGAUUACUGCACCUUGCACUGCUGCUUCUUUCUGUGUGGGUCAAGACUUUACAUUCUUAAAUGCCUUUCACUUGAAGGCAAUAGUUAGUGAAGGGGAAGCAGCACUUUUUUCAAGUUUAGCAGAUUUGAAAUAUUUUCCUUAUGAUCUGUUAUACCUGUUAACCAUCUUGCAGAGGGUUUGGGUAGACUGUCAUAUAACUGUGUUAAUGAUCCACUGUUUUUUUCUCUGUUUUUUUCCUUUUUUAUUUUUUUCCUCCUCUCCUUCUCAUUACAGUUGAAACUACAGAAGAAAUAGCAGCAGAUUCCUUGCAAGACCUCUACAGAGCCCUGGAGCAGGCCAGCCUUUCUCCUUUAGGAGACCGCCGGAUUUCCACUAAGCUGGAGUAUAGAAAAUCUUUUAUAAAGAGAUGUAGCGAUCCAGUAGUUAAUGAAAAACUGCACCAGCUGCGAAUUCUGAAAAGCACUUUAAAGGUGAGAUAACAGGGAGGAAAAUCCUGCCCUAAGGUCGGAUCUGACAGUACUGUAUUCAGAGAUUAAUUGUGUGUGGCUGGAGCUCAGGUUGAAUGUGAUCUGUGAAAUGUGCAAGGAAGGUAUGUGUAACCACUGUUCUUGAAGCAGAGAAAAUUGUGCCUUGGGAGAGGAGUCAAAGGGAGGAGGUUGUUUUUAUUUGUGCCCAGGUAAAAUCUCAGCUCCUCCUCUAGCUAGCUAGCAUGACAUCAUUUGACACCAAAUUAACGGAGGAGACCUUAACCACCUUUUUUUGUCCCUGAAAACUUUCAUUUAUAAAAAUGCAUUUACUCCAGAAUUGCCAAGGUCUGCAGUGAAGCACAGUCAGCCUUUUGGAAUGAUGCGGUACCUUUUAAAACAGUUUAUUAUUUUCUGAUUACUGAGUUUGUCUGGGAAUGAACUGUGUGCUUGGUUUCUGCAUAGACUGGUAGGAUCAUUGUGUUUAAUCAGUAGGAUUGAUUAAAUAAAUAGAUAGUAGUAAUGAUGGAUUUGAAGAUUUUUAUCUUUAUUGUAAGUGCGGUGCAGCUAAUUUGACCUCCCUGUCAGCUUCUUUAUUUGUUACAGCAGUUUCAAAUCUGUGUUGUUAGAGAUUUCAGCAAACAAUGUGCUGGAUUUCCCCAGGGUCUCUGUUAACUGUAUUAAAUUACUACAUUUUAAGUCACUAGAUAAUUGUGCAGUGGAUUUUGUAACAGCUUUUAUCAAAGAGAGUUUUAUCAGCAUUAAUUAAUUUCGUUUUCCAUCACCUAGAGAAGCAUUUAAGCAAUAUUAUUUUCAUGCUGUGAGACUCCAGCCCUGAAGAAAAUCUUUCUUAUGCUUAACUUUUCGCACUGUAUCAUCUCAUUGAAGGCGACUGAAAGAACCAGGAUAUGUGAGUCUUUGCUAGAUUGUAGACUGAUAGAAAAAGUCAAGGUGCCCAGGCUUUCCAUGUAAUUUUUACAUGAGAAACUGAAGCAAAAUCAUAGCCAUCUCAGAUAUGCAGAGCAGGCAGGAGGUUCACACAGAAUCUAUGCUCUUGCACCUUGGUGGAAUCACUCAUACCAACAGUAUGUAAGAGUGUUGAUCUGAAAUAUAAAAAAUAACACAUUUCUUGAUACUUGCAGGAAUUACACAGCCUUGCUGCUGUUCCAUAUCAGCAGCUUAUCACCGUGCUUAAUUGCCUUUCUUGUUAGCAUUUAUUGAUACCUGAGUUACAUUAUGCCAAUGGUUUUCUACAAAUGGUUUCCCCCCCAAGGGUCUUCCAAAAACAGCUCAUCCCUUUAACCCAGCAGAUGCCUGUUUUCAUGCUUCUCUAUAUCUUCUUUCUUUUAGACCAAGCAAACAUAAUUUGUUUAUUCUCUUUCCAUGAGACAUAUUUUCUGAACUAGUCACCAAAUCUUGUUUGGACCAGAAUGACAUAAAUAAUUGACAGUGCAAUGCCAGCAAGUAUCAAAGACAGAUUAUUGCUGUUUCUUGCAUAUGGCAACAGUGCAAUGUGGCGUGCGCCUGUUUUGCAGUGGCAUCAUGGUAACUCAUUAAUUGUUUCUAGCUCCAUCCUAGCUCACCUCUGCUAUUGUACUGGCAGUAGUAUUUAUCAGGAGCUACUGCUGUUAGCUAAUCAAUUGUUCCCCCUUUUUAUCAAUGCCAUUGAGUUCUCCUUCCUGAAUAUGUUCACUUGCACUUGCCCAUUGGAUUUGGUGUUCUGAAUUCUCCUUUAAUUCAUUCAAAUGAUUAGUAAUCUGUACAGCCCUCUAAAUUGGUUCUAGCUCUUACCACCCAUAGGCUGUCUGUUCCAUCAGCAAUGAAAAGGCCCGUCUGCUCUUUUUGUCCUGACAUAGCCACAAAACCAUUCUCCUCAACAAGUAUGAGCCACCUGACUGGCAGCGCUGGGUUGUGUGUACAGGUCACAACCUGCAAGAAGCACAUUAUGGUAGUUCAUGCAAAUAUAUGGUGACUGAGAGACUCCAAAGGUUCUCUUCCUCUGGUUAGCCGCAGCUGUAUGAUUGUCCCUGAAAUUUACUAUUCUACCAUAUAGCAUUAAUUAGCUACUGAUUGCAAAGCAUGAAAAAUACCUUUAAACAUACUGCUUGUUGGUGACAUCUCUGACCCUUCUGAUAACUAUUCCACCAAUGUGGGCUGACAUUGCCAAAUACUUCCCUUAACAUGCUCCCUAGACAGGUUUAUCACACUUGUGGUAUAAACAUGGCAAAUGUCAGUUAGAAGUGAGGUCUAUGAAACCCAUCUGGCAUGGAGGAUAGAGGAGAAGUCGCUGGUGACCAGACCACUUCUCCACAGAGGAGAAGUGCUGGAGCUUGCCUGUUACAUGUUCUUUCAGGCUCAAGGCUGGUGCAUCUGUCUUCCACCGCUAAUAAAAACAGUGAGCAGUUGUGUGUGUAUCUGAGGCUUGCUCUGACCCGUGUUGGCUGCUUGUCAUCUCUCAAUAAGCUAAUCACCAGCCAGUGAUUAGGAUACAGCCACAUCCCCUGCCUCCAUGACAAGUGGGGAGGUGCCAACAUCUGUGUUAGAUUUUACCCGUUCCUGCAUUCUGCUUGCCACCACCAUGGUAGGAGGAGGUAGCAGCCAACCACCCCAGAGCAUGCACUGGAUUGCUGGUGAGGGCAUUACCAAGCUGAAGGCUCCUAGCACAGGCAUCUUCUCAGGUGUCCCCAUGACAGGCCCUGUAAAAAAGGCUUAGCUCUGCUGGCGGGCGAGGGGCCAUCUGUCUGCAUCCCACGCACAAACGCGGCAUUUCUCAUGCUGAUCAAGAAGAGCAAACAGAUGGCCCUUGGCAGCAUAAAACUGAUCCUGAAAAUUGAAGCAGCUAGUAGUAAACAGCGCAGAGCUUUUUUUUUUUUUUUUUUUUUUUUGCAGGAGCUGAACAAGGGGUGAGAGGGGAAUAGGGACCAUUUCUGAGGGUGUGGGGCAAGGUGAGGAGUGCCCAGUCCUGCAGGGUGAUGAGUGACAUCAGGGGAAGAGGCUGCCAUGUGUCAGCAGUAUCACAGCAGUUGGAUGGCUGCCCUGUUUCCCAGACCUCUGUGGUGUCCUUGCUCCCAUCCUACCCAUGCUGUUUGCUCAUUGCCCGCACUGACUCUACUUGUCUCUCUUCUCCCACAGGCCAGGGAAGGAGAAGUAGCCAUUAUAGACAAGGUUCUGGAUAAUCCAGGUUUGACGUCUAGAGACUUUCAAGAAUGGAAACAAAUAUACCUUGACAUCUUUUUGGACAUCUGUCACAACAGCACCCCGAGGGGCUCUGUUAAUGGCUCAUCUGAGGUCGACACGCUUCUAGCUUCCUUAGCGCACACGCACUCCUACAUUGAAACGCAUGUAUAAGGGGCCGUCUUCUACUCCAUUUGCUACACUCCAGGCCUUGACAAAAGUGCAUAAAUUAGGUUUUCUAACAAUAUGUGGGACUUCUAGUAAUUUAUCUUUUAAUGUCACUCAGCCGUGUGAAGUACGCCUUCAGUGGUCAAUGAUACCAUGUCUUUAAUGAGGAUUUGUGUGUUUUAUACACUACCGAUGCUCCACUUGUGUUUACCUUCUGUGAAAUAAAGAACAUGAUCUUUAACUAUUAGAUAGAAGUAUUUUAAAACAUUCUUGGAAGACUGUGGCCUUCACAGAGGAAGUUCUGCAGGCUAAAGGUUUUGUUAUUGAAGGUUGCUUUUACAAUGAUAUUUUUUAUUACAUAAUUCCAGUAUUGUAUUGCAUUUUUGGAGUGCAGGUACUAUUUUGGUGGCAGGGGAAUAAAAGAAAAAUUAUAUUUAAUGAGAAACUCUAGGAGUUUUCUUACAUAACAGGGAAAAAGCAUAAUGCAGUGACUGUGUUUCCAUUUUGUUGAACACAGAAGGUUGAAAAUCAGCCCACAAUAAUGACUAAUGUGAAUUUAAGUAUUAAACAUUUAGGUUUUAUUUCCUUGUACUUUUAAAAAUCCUGUUGCUAAGGUUUACCAUCAGUGCAAAGGGAUACUGGUCUGUAUUCUAAUUAAGACAAAAUUAGGUGUUAUUUGUCUCUUAAUCACAUUUGGUUGAUUUAAUUUUUUAAACAAAUGUUAGUCAUGGUACUGUCACUUAUGCUGCUUUUGUACUGAAGGGAUCAAAUUUUGCAAAAGAGAAAAAGUAGACUUUGAACAUCUUUGAUAAAGGCAUUUCUAUUGCCCAGAAAAGCAGCAGCGGAAAAGGUUCCCAACAAAAUGCUCCCAACCUGAGAGGCUUUGAAAAUUCCCGCAAUAGAAAAGGAAUGAAUACAUUUUUUCAAGUACUCUGUGUUUUUUGAGCUGUGAAAUUUUGCUGUAUUGUACUCAGAGGAAAAGUAUGAUAGGAACAGAGCUAAGCACAGAACCUGAAAACAACUGAGAGCUCAGAAAGUCUCUGCUCUGCCUCUGAAUGUCUCUGGGUUCUGCUGAGUUCACAAGCCAACAGAAGGGUUUGAAACUUCCCUGAGAGUCGAGAUGUGCUGCGGAGUGCACAGUGAAUAUAAGCAGAAAUAUCUCCUUAGAUUUAGGCACCUGUCUGGAAUAGGGAAGCAAGAGGUUAAAUAUCAUCUAUUUACUCUUUUUACUCUUCAUGGUCUUGUUUUCAAAAAGUGAUCAGGGCAUGAUAAAGCAUUUGUGCUGCUUUUCAGUGUUUUGCUGCAUAAGUUGGGACUCGAGACACAGCUUAAUAAUGCUCAUGCAAGAGGACGCAGCCUCCUUUAUUCUUUCUACAGUGAGUUGUGCGUUUAGCCAACUUUAGUCUGUUGCCUGUACAGCUCAGUGAAUGUACUUUAAACUUCAUGGGCUCUGGUAUUUCCUGGCAGUUAUAUCCAUGACGAGACGAAGGAAAGAACAGUCAGAUUUAUUUAUUUGUUCUCUCUCUCUCUUUCUUUCUUUCUGGUUACUUUAUUUGCAUUUAUUCCUUUAUCUUUCUCUCUUUCCUCCUUGUUACCCUAUUGCAUUCAGAUUGCAAAUGUUUUGCAGAUUUUGCACAAUUGUACAGAAGAGUGGCCUUUCUGUAGCCCAUUUUCAGUAAUCCUAGAUAUUCGAGUCAAUAUGGAUCAUAUAUUAAUGACAUUUGUAUAGAAUUCUGGAUCCAGUGUAAUAUUUGUACCAUUUAGAAGAAUAUUGUUUGUAUAAACUGAACAUUUAUUUACUGCAUGUACUGACUUGUAUAUUAAAUUUGUGAGGUUUUUGUACAUUUCUCUUAAAAAAUGCUUGACUUGAAAUGGGUUGUGCUAUUGUUCCAGGCAUUUAGAUUCUCUUGCUACUGUUUUACCGGACCAAAAGUAAAUAUAUUCAUAUAAAACCUCUUUAUAUCUGAUGGAUGUAUAUGCACAUUGUGUAGUUGAUUCCUUGUCAAAACCAAGGCAGUUCAGAAGACUUAGAUCUGUUGCUAUGCAACAGCUAUUCUGCCUGCACUUUACAUUAGUAAAGUCAGCUUGAUUGCUUUAAAGGUGAAAAUUAAACAUUGCAGUUUUUUAAGCUAGUCUAGUGACAAAGAACAUGUGUCCUAUCCAUUGUGCUGCCUUCUUUUAAGACUAUUAAAUGUUCUUCUAUAUAUAUUUUUAUUGUAUUAACUCUCAACCUAGGAAGGGAACAUUGUAAAAUGAAGUACAAUAAAUUUAGCUUUUAAAUGAA